AGUAACUUUUUUUAAGGUGCCUAAAUCUCUUAUUCAGUGCUGCCUCACUUGAAAGUCCAACCAAUCAAGCUGGCUCCCUUGGAAGUGCUUUUAAUAAACCCACCUAAAAUUUCACACUACCUUCCAUUCUUAAAACCAUCUUCUAUCCAUGUCUCCUCCAUUCUUAUAAUAAUCAAACUCCUCCAAUUCCUUCCUUAAUUUUCCACUCUCAUUCCAAAAACCAAAAAUAAAAUAAAUGUCUUCUUCUCUGUUUCCAUCCUCUGUUUCUCUUUCUUCUCACUACCAUCUCAUCUUCACUCUCUUAGCCUUUCUCAUAUCAGUACUCAUUUUCUUCCUCACACAAAAAACCAAAUCCAAAAAAAGCCUCAACCUUCCACCAGGUCCACCAGGAUGGCCAAUUGUUGGCAACCUUUUCCAAGUUGCAAAUUCAGGAAAACCAUUCUUUGAAUAUGUGAAAGAUAUGAAAGCAAAAUAUGGCUCAAUCUUCACACUCAAGAUGGGAACAAGAACAAUGAUCAUAAUAACUGAUGCAAAGCUUGUCCAUGAAGCUAUGAUUCAAAAGGGUGCUCUCUAUGCAUCAAGACCACCUGAGAAUCCAACAAGGAACAUCUUCAGUGCCAACAAGUUCACUGUGAAUGCAGCUGUUUAUGGUCCUGUUUGGAAAUCACUAAGAAGAAACAUGGUUCAGAACAUGCUGAGUUCAAGUAGAAUCAAGGAGUUUAAAAGUGUUAGAGACAAUGCAAUGGAUAAGCUUAUUAAUAGGCUUAAAUUUGAAGCUGAGAAGAAUAAUGGCGUUGUUUGGGUUCUCAAGGAUGCAAGGUUUGCUGUUUUUUGCAUACUUGUUGCUAUGUGUUUUGGUUUAGAAAUGGAUGAAGAGAAACUUGAGAGAAUAGAUCAAGUUAUGAAGAAUGUUCUACUUACUUUAGAUCCAAGAAUUGAUGACUAUUUACCAAUUCUAAGCAUGUUUUUCUCUAAACAAAGAAAAAAUGCUUUAAAAGUUAGAAAAGAACAAGUUGAAUUCAUGGUACCUUUCAUUGAACAAAGAAGGAGAGCAAUUCAGAACCCUGGUUCAGAUCAAACAGCUACAACUUUUUCAUAUUUAGACACUCUUUUUGAUAUCAAAGUUGAAGGUAGUAAAAAAUCAUCUCCUUCUAAUGAAGAAUUGGUUUCACUUUUAUCAGAGUUUCUCAAUGGAGGAACUGAUACAACAGCAACUGCGGUUGAAUGGGGAAUAGCACAACUCAUUGACAACCCUGAGAUUCAAGCAAAGCUUUAUCAAGAAAUUAAUGCAAUAGUUGGAGACAAAAAAGUGGAAGAAAAAGAUGUUGAAAAAAUGCCUUAUUUACAAGCUGUGGUGAAAGAGUUAUUAAGAAAACACCCUCCAACACAUUUUGUUUUAACACAUGCUGUUACUGAAGAUACUAGUUUAGGAGGUUAUGAUAUUCCAACUAAUACAAAUGUUGAGGUGUAUACAGCAGGUAUAGGUGAGGAUCCUAAACUAUGGACCAAUCCUGAAAAAUUUGAUCCUGAGAGAUUUGUUUCAAAAGGUGAAGAAGCAGAUAUAACUGGUGUAACAGGUGUGAGAAUGAUGCCAUUUGGUGUUGGGAGAAGGAUAUGUCCUGGUUUGGCUAUUGGUACUAUACAUAUUCAUUUGAUGUUGGCUAGGAUGGUUCAAGAGUUUGAAUGGAGUGGUUAUCCACCUGGGAAGAAAGUGGAUUUCACUGGCAAGAUGGAGUUUACUGUUGUGAUGAAGGAGUCUUUAAGAGCUGUCAUCAAACCAAGAGGUGAAACAGUGCUGUAAAACUUUUUUGUUGUUGGUUAAUUCUGGUUUGUUUGUUUCUACAAAAGAUUUACUAUAUCUUUUUACAUAUACAUCAUCAUGUAAUAAUGACUUGUGCGUAUUAUGUCUUGUUUGUUGGACAAAUUUAUCUUAGAUCUGUCAUAAUUGUAUCUUAAUCUUAAUUAUUGGAUACAUUUGUUGUUUUAUCCUUAGUGUAUAUGAAUACACAACUAGUUUCUAUUAUAAAUAAACAAAUUAAUUCAGGAA